GCUGCGAAUGCGCGCGCGUGUCGUGUGUGGCCGAAAUCGCAGUGCGGGUGUGGGUAGACUGCACGGCCAGCCGAAGUCAUCCAUGGCCCCCAUGUCGGUGUCGGCCACCCUUGCGCCGCUGCCAAAGGCGACCGCCAGGAGUUCGGCACGACGCGCGCCGUCCGUGGCCGCCGUCGCCGCCGGCUCGACCGCGUUGCUGGCUGUGACGCCGGUCGCGCACGCCGCGGCGUUGUCCAAGGAGGACGUCGCCGGGUCGCUUACCAAGGUGGUGGACACGGUGGAUCAGGUCAUCGGCGUCGGCGGCAAGGUCGCCGAGCAGUCCGCGGGCGUGCUCAAGGCGCUGGGCGAGGCCGUCAAGCCGGUGCUCCCGGUUCUGAAGAGCGCCAGCGAGGAGGCCCUCAAGCUCGCCGCACCCGUGGUCUCUGGCGCCUCCAAGCAAGCCACGGAAGCUCUCCAAGGCGCCGGCGUCGACCCCGCCCCCGUUCUGUCCGCCGCUAAGACCGCAGCGGAGCAGAGCACGAAGGUCAUCGACGCCGCAAAGCCCGUCGCCUCAGCGGCCGUGGAGACCAUCACGUCGUUGGCCCCUGGGGACUACGUCGUGGCCGCCGGAGCGGCGUUUGUCGCGUACCUUCUCCUGCCGCCGGUUUGGUCCCUGGUCUCUUUCAGCCUCCGCGAUUACAGAGGUGACCUGACCCCUGCGCAAGCUCUCGACAUGGUCAGCACGCAAGAUUACGUCCUGAUCGACGUGCGAAGCAACAAGGACAAGGCCAAAGCCGGCGUGCCGCAGCUGCCCUCGAACGCGAAGAACAAGCUCAUCUCUGUGCCGCUGGAAGAGCUCCCGAGGCAGCUGAAGGGCAUGGUGCGCAACGCGAAGAAAGCCGAGGCGGAGAUCACCGCUCUGAAGAUCUCCUACCUCAAGAGGAUCGGCAAGGGCUCCAACGUCAUCAUCAUGGACUCGUACAACGACAACUCGAAGAUCGUGGCCAAGACGCUGAACAGCGUAGGGUUUAAGAACUGCUGGGCCAUGGCUGGCGGCUUCUCCGGCCGGAAAGGGUGGGCGCAGAGCCGCCUCGGGACGGAUUCUUACAACCUCUCCGUAGUCGAAGUCGUGACACCGUCGCGGGUGAUCCCUGCAGCUGCUGGCCGGAUUGGGACGACCUCGUCGGCGUCCCGGGCGCCUACUCGCAUGCUUCUUCCCGGCAGUGUGGACUGAUGAGAGGGGCUGAAAGCGCUGUAAAGUGUAGAUCCAAUGUUUGUUUCAUUUCGAGCUGCAACUUUUGUUCUGUGCAUUGUUCUGUUACAGUGUAGCACAGUCUUAGUG